UUGAUUUAUCGGUCAUUGAUUGACCCCGCUGAUUGCAAAUUUCUUGGAUUUUCUUGCUUCCAUUUUGUUUCAUUGUGAUGUUACUGAAAAGUUAGUUGAGCAAUCGGUUUUAAUUAUUUGUAAUAAAAACUUUAAAUAAAACAGACGGAUUUGUGGAGUUUAUUUUUUGUUUAUACAACCAUAUAUUGAAGUGUUCGGAUUACAAGUGGCAGGCAACGGGUAGGACUGCUACCUACCACAACCUUUGUUUACCAAAUCUACGGUGCAAGAAGUCGUAUAACGUCUGAUCGGAAUCCAUCGCAAUGGAUCCUAAUUACGCUACAUCUUAGCAAAUUCUAUGCUUGGUGGAGAUAUCGCACAAUUCCACAGAGCGCUUCUUAACAUCUCCAGCUACUCUACUUCGUGCGCCUUAACUCCAGCAUAGAGCAAAGAUUUCAACUAACUUCUCCCCUACGUAUCCUAAUUCACGCUUUCUCUCUCUUAUUUAAACUCAAUUGAAAUAACUGGACAACCAUGCGUCCAACUGACAACCAAAGUUAUUGUAUAUAACGUCCUACCUCGGCUAAACGGUCCUAACGGAGUGCUGUAAUUUCAACCUACACUAGAAAUAUCUAUUAACUCGUACUCCACAUUCUGUAAGUCUUUUACACCAUUGUCAUCAUUUGGAAAUAUAUAUUAUAAAGCUGGGAAGUGUUAUUGCUUGCGGCGAUAAAAUUCAACAUAACAACAACAUAACAGGAGUUUGAAACAAUUCGUUUAAAUUACAACGUUUAUUAUAUUUUCCUAGCCAGCUAUUCUAUUUUUGGCAUAACUUAUUUUUAAUUUUCUGCGCGUAUUUGUUGGAACUAAAUUUCCAACUUGUUCGGAAGCAUUUGUGGAAGCAGAAGUCUACAAAAUGCAACGCUGGUUUUUCGCCGACGAGGCGGAGGAUUGCAAUGCCAUGGCGGCGCCCUCCUCAUCGACAACAUCCAUGGAAGUGUUUGCGCCUGCAACACCGAUUCACGUCAACUGGAAAUUUUAUGUGAUGAUGAAUCGUGACAUGGGGCGCAACGAGCGUCUGGCAAUUGUGGGCAACACUGAUCAGCUGGGCAAUUGGCAGUUUAGCGAGUGUAAAAUCAUGAUCAAGGAAGAUGACACCAACGCUUGGUAUACCUAUGUGAGCAUUCCACGCGACACAACCACUGAAUAUCGUUACUUAGUGGUGGCAGUCGAUCCAACAGCAGAGAAAACGAUUGUGCGUCAUUGGGAGACACAUCGACAGCCACGCCAUAUCGUGCCUGGAGUGUGCCGCAAGACCAGGGAGUGUGAUGAGGUCUAUGGUUACGUGGGCGGCGCUGAAAAAGUGGAUCGGGGCUGGGUUACAUCGGAGACAAUUGUGCAGCUGAAAUUUUUCAAUGCUCCUUUCACUUGGAAGCAACGCAUGAAGAGACGUUUAAUAUACGUCAAGGUGACGCCAAUGAAUUUAACAAUGCCCAGUGGUAGUGGUGCACUUUCGCCGCUGGAAGAUUCACUCUCAAAUGACACGCACGAUACGCACGACACGCGUGAGAACGGCACUGACCUUAGCACUGCAUUUGCUUUCAAUGAAGUGGCCAUAUUGAAUGCAGAAGAAUCGCAAAUCAAAUUUCAACCGCAAUUCGGUUCCGCCUGUGGGCCCGAUGACGUGGUGAUUUUUCACUUGACAAUUGGUGACUUCGAUAGCACUGCCUAUCUGAUCGAUUUGUACUCGUACAGCUCGAAAGCAGCGUUGGAUGAACCGCCAUACCAUUUGGGUUAUCAUUACGUUUUACCUAAUUUGCUGAAACGUUCGGAUGGUAAUCUGGAGAUUCCCAUCACUUGUGCUACACGCCAUCGCCCCAUGGGCAUGAUGCAGAUUGGCUAUUUGCUUAUAAAGCCAAGUAAAUGCAUCAAGCUGGAUAUGGCGGUUACGUAUACGCGUUAUUGGAACCCCAAAUGGACUGGUUUGGAUGUGGGGCAUCGCGGUUCGGGCACAAGCUUCAAAACAAAAGAUUCUGUGAUACGUGAAAACACAAUAACUUCGUUGAAGAAUGCUGUGGAACAUGGCGCAGAUAUGGUGGAGUUCGAUGUACAGUUGAGCAAGGACCUGGUGCCGGUGGUAUACCAUGACUUCAUGAUCUACGUUUCGCUUAAAGCCAAAGGUAGUUGCAAGCCAAAUGAUUUUCUGGAGUUGCCAAUGCGCGAGCUAACUCUGGAUCAGCUGAAUAAUUUGAAGGUUUAUCAUACCGCUGAGGGCCGUACGCGCGAGGAGCGUUGUUUUGAUAACGACGACCUAUUGGAACACCAACCGUUUCCAUGUCUAGCCGAUGUUUUGGACGUCAUCGAUUCACAUGUGGGCUUUAACAUAGAGGUAAAGUGGUCUCAGCGUCUCAAAGAUGGUUCGAUGGAGGAGGAAUUCGAACAUACAAUCGAUCGUAAUCUUUAUGUGGAUUGCAUUUUGAAUGUGGUAUUCCGUAAGGCUGGUCAGCGACGUAUUGUCUUCUCAUGUUUUGAUCCGGACAUUUGCACAAUGUUGCGUUUCAAGCAGAAUCGAUAUCCGGUUAUGUUCUUGACAAUCGGCGAAAGCACCAAAUACCAAAAAUAUUUCGAUCCGCGCGGUAAUACCAUCGAAAUGGCUGUUUACAAUUCACUUUCCAUGGAAUUGUUGGGCAUAGUGGCACACACCGAGGACUUGUUGCGCGAUCCUACCCAGAUUAAUUUGGCUAAAAGCCACGGCUUAGUUGUAUUUUGUUGGGGUGAUGACAAUAACUGUAAGGACACAAUCAAGUUCCUUAAGGACUUGGGCUCGCAUGCUAUCAUUUAUGACAAAAUGGAUGUGUUGACUAGCAAGGAAGUCAAGCAAAGCGUAUUUUUACUGCAAGCCAGGGAGAGCCAAAAUGAAAUUCUCAAACUGCAAGCGCUGGAGCGGGGCAAAUUCUGGCAUGACAAUAUACCGGUGAAACAGUAAAAGCAGCAUUCAUUUAAGGACCAUGCGACAUUCGAUAUUGAAAUUAAAUUUAAGUUACGUCUGAAUUGAUUGCUAAUCCAUUUCAUUCAUAAAGAGAAAAAAUGCAACCACACAUAUGACACCUCAGUUAUCUAACAAACUCUUUUUUCUAUACAAAUAUUACCUAAGUAAUGCAUAAUUGUAAUAGUCUUUUCCUGAAAACUACAAUAUACUAGCGAAUGUAUGUUUAAAUUAGUAAA